CGGAGGAACAACUUUCCGGGCGUGCGCAGUCCACCCGGCGACGGCGAUUCUGUCCUAGCAGUGGGGCCUGCGGAUGCGGAGAUGGGCGCCGCUACUGCCGAAGCGGAUCGGACUCUGUUUGUGGGCAACCUCGACAUUAAAGUGACGGAGGAGCUGCUCUUCGAGCUUUUCCACCAGGCAGGUCCUGUAAUAAAAGUUAAAAUUCCAAAGGAUAAAGAUGGUAAACCAAAGCAGUUUGCAUUUGUGAAUUUCAAACAUGAAGAAUCUGUUCCUUAUGGAAUGAAUCUACUUAAUGGAAUAAAACUUUUUGGAAGGCCCAUCAAAAUUCAGUUCAGAUCAGGAAGUAGUCAUGCUUCUCAGGAGGUUAGUUCAUCAUAUUCCCAGCAUAAUCUUGGGAAUGCAAGUCCAUCUAGCAUACCACAGUCUACUUCAGCUUCUAGCAGAUACGAAAGGAAUAUGGAUAACUUGACAUCUGGAUAUAAUUCUGCACAAAUGCUACAGAGGUCUUUCUCAUCUCCAGAUAAUCUUCAAAGACAGGCUGUGAUGAACAACGUUCUGUGGCAGCAGCAGGGAUCAUUCAGUGGGAAGUUUGUGCCUCAGCACUUGGAUCAGCCUAGUUUUACACCCUCAGGGCAGCAGCAUGGCCAUUCAUUUAACCUUUCUUCAAGCUCACAGUGGUGCCAGGAUACACCAAUGUCACAGAGAAAAACCAGGCAGAACUCACAUCCCUACCAGUCAGAUAGGCUGUAUAGCCGUGAGCAGCGUUAUGGGGAUCAUGGAUCUGACCAUCAUUAUAGAGGAAAUAGAGAUGAUUCCUACUAUGAAGAGAGGAUCCAUGAUGGUUGGAGCCAUGACUAUGAUAGCAGAAGAGAAAACAGUAGGGAUGGAAAAUGGCGCCCAUCUCGGCACUAAUAAGUAUUGAGAUGAACUUAAAAAAAAGGGGGAUCAGAUUAGACCCUUUUGGCUACGUUGAUGUGGAAAUGACUUCUUUGAAAAACUGUAGAAAACAGCUCUGAAAGUUGUUACAUUUCCUUUUUAAAAAUUUUUAACUUACCUGCAGUAUAAUACAGAGAGAGAAAAAAAUGGUGGUUCCCGUUUUAUUAUAUUAACAGCCUUUCACCUCAGGGUUUUAUGAAGAGGAAAGGUUUUUUUGCAGAAAACAAAGUGCCACAACUCCUAAUCAUUGUAGUAAGUUUAGGAAAAGGGGUGGAUUGUAAAGUUUGGUUGUAUUAUAAAGAAAAUAUUUUAAUUAUUUGUAACUUUUUGUAGUGUAACACAGUUGUCUUGGUAGUAAAUCCUAUUUUGGUGUGUGUGUGGUAGAAUAUACAUCAAAGUUGAUAGUCCAAAAUGGCUAUCUGUAUUUUGUUAUUAAACUGGAAAAUAUUACUUUUCAAUGAUCCAUUUUACUGAAAAUAGUAUUCAGGCAGAUAUCCUUGUAAAAUUUGGGGAUAAAUCAUAUUGGUUUAACUUUUGAUAGAACUUAAAUGAGUUCUGUAAAGUUUCUUUGAGUUUACCUGCAUUGAAUUACAGUGUGUGUUCAUACAUAUACAUCAGUAGAUUUAUUCUAAAAAUUAAGAAUUUUCAUGAAAUCAUGUUUGAUAUGACUAAAAGAUUACUCAGGAAGUAUUAAAUCUCUCCAAGGGUAUUUUUUUUAACAUUUAAAAGACCCUAAUGAUAAUCACGUAUACCCCCUUUUUCCCCCCCAGAAAGUUUUAUCAGUGCAUAAGAUAAAGUGGUUAUACAUUUUAUUGAAAUAUACUUUUGAGAGUGAGGAAAAGUCUCCCAGCCCUGCCUUCACUGCCUGAGUCACUUCAGUGCUUUUUCAUUUUUAACAUUUUUAAGUGCUCAGUGGAUAUGUAGGGGUGGUUUUUGUUUGUUUUUUGUUAUGGGAACUGUACUUUGCUUGUCUAUUUGAUAAGCACUUGAGAGAACUUAGUCUUAAAAGUCAUCAGAUUUUAAGAUCUUGUUUAAUGAACAGUUUUUAGGUGUCAGAAUUAUACUGUUUCCAUUUACAUAAAAAAAUAAACUUUUUGUAAAAUCACA